UCGAUUCCUUCAACUCCAGAAUCCAAUUGCGUUCGAAUUUGUUGGUUUAGGUUUCAGAAAGAGAAAAGGAAGAAGAAGAAGCAUUUUGCGCAAUGGCAGGGAGAUUGAGCAGUGUGGCUUCCAAGAUCAUGGGCGGAAACGGCGUCGUCUCACGUUCCGUCGCUUCCUCUCUCCGUGUCCGCGCCGGCAUGGGCCUUCCGGUCGGCAAGCACAUCGUCCCCGACAAGCCCCUUCCCGUGAACGACGAGCUCAUCUGGGACAACGGCACGCCGUUUCCCGAACCCUGCAUCGAUCGAAUCGCCGACACCGUCGGAAAGUACGAAGCUUUGGCUUGGCUCUGUGGGGGUUUGAGCUGCUUUGCUGGUUUGGGUUUGUUGGCCGUGUGGAACGACAAGGCGUCCAAGAUCCCUUUUGCCCCAAAAGUGUACCCCUACGACAACCUGCGAGUGGAGCUCGGCGGAGAACCGUAGGUACAUCCAGCGGUCGGUUUCUGAUUGUUAAUUGUGUGGUUAAUGUUGUUUCGGAUGUGCUUUUGCUGAUUUCUGUGUUUGAAAUGACGGUUCUAAAUAAUGCUCUGUAGCUCAAACUGAGUCUGUUUUCGGCACUAUGGUGUUCAAACAAAUUGCGAUUCUGGUUUCGUUUAAAUCAACUUAGUUCGAAUUUGGCGUUGA